UCAACGAACAAUAACCCCUUGAAGCCGUAAACGAAACCAACGGUCAAUUUGAAAUCGAUUAACCGCCACUCACUGGCGCGUGGUUUAUAUACAGCGACGCGCAACCGUUGCUAGUUCUUCUCCAACAGCAAGGCAAAUUAGCAACCCCAUGAAAGACGAGAGCUUCCGCCAGUAGCAACGACUGCUCAAGAGGAAGAAAUCGAAUCCCCAACACAGACAUGUACCUAUGCCCACUAAUCGCCUCCCCUCCACCGCCCAAAACUUCUCGCCGGCCCCUUCCAUUGACGACAGAUGCAUCUCUCUGCUCCAGCUCUGCGCCACCUCCCUCUCCAAGCUCAAGCAGGUUCACGCCUUCUCUCUCAGGCACGGCGCCUCCCCUGCCAGCCCCCACCUCGCGAAGCAUCUCAUCUUCCACAUUGUCUCUGUGUCUGCUCCGAUGUCCUAUGCCUGCGCGGUCUUCUCCCAGGCACACCACUACAACGUCUUCACCUGGAACACCAUGAUCAGGGGCUACGCCGAGAGUGAAAGUCCCGGCCCAGCGAUCGAGCUGCACUGCCGAAUGCGGGCAUCCAGCAUCGAACCUGACACCCACACUUACCCUUUCCUGCUCAAAGCAAUCGCCAAGCUUGCGGCAAUCAGGGAAGGCGAAGUCGUCCACUCGACUGUGGCGAAGAGUGGGUUCGACUCGCUGGUGUACGUCCAGAACAGUCUGGUCCAUAUGUAUGCGUCCUGCGGACAGGCUGAGAGCGCGCACAAAGUGUUCGGGGUUAUGGCUGAGAGAGACCUCGUGGCUUGGAACACUGUGAUUAAUGGGUUCGCCGUCAAUGGGCGGCCCAGUGAGGCUCUGACGCUCUUCAGGGACAUGGGUCCUGAGGGGGUCGAGCCGGAUGGAUUCACUGUGGUGAGCCUAUUAACUGCUUGUGCUGAGCUUGGGGCUCUGGCUCUUGGCAGGAGGCUACAUGUUUACAUGAUCAAGGCCGGUCUAACUGAGAACAUGCACGCAAACAACGCCCUUUUGGACCUCUAUGCCAAGUGCGGAACCGUCCACGACGCGCAUCGGGCGUUUGAUGAGAUGGGGAAGAGGAAUGUGGUCUCUUGGACGUCUCUGAUUGUUGGGCUGGCGGUUAAUGGGUUUGGCAAGGAAGCAAUUUUGCUAUUCAAAGGACUGGAGAUGGAAGGAUUGAGCCCGACCGAGAUCACCUAUGUAGGAGUUCUUUAUGCUUGCAGUCACUGUGGGAUGGUGGAUGAGGGUUUCAACUACUUCAGGAAGAUGAAGGAGGAACAUGGGAUCGUCCCACGGAUCGAGCACUAUGGUUGUAUGGUUGAUCUGUUGGGAAGGGCGGGCUUGGUGCAAAGAGCCCUAAGGUUCAUCGAGAGCAUGCCGGUGCAGCCCAAUGCAGUGAUCUGGAGAACACUUUUGGCGGCAUGCACGCUUCACGGGGAGUUGGAUUUGGCAGAGGUAGUACGGGCCCGACUCCUUCAGUUAGAACCCAAACACAGCGGGGACUAUGUCUUGCUGUCCAACCUCUAUGCAUCGGAGCAUCGGUGGACCGAUGUGCAGAGAGUGAGGAGACAGAUGCUCAGCGAAGGAGUGAGGAAAUCUCCAGGACAUAGCCUUGUUGAGCUGGGGAAUCGCGUUCACGAGUUCACCAUGGGUGAUAGGUCCCACCCACAAAGUGAGGCGAUAUACGGGAAGCUCGCAGAGAUGGUGAGGCUAUUGAGAUUGGAGGGCUAUGUCCCUCACACGGCGAAUGUGCUGGCGGACAUAGAGGAGGAGGAGAAGGAAUACGCUGUGUCUUAUCACAGCGAGAAAAUUGCAGUCGCGUUUAUGCUCAUUAACACACCUCAGGGGACCCCCAUAAGGGUAGUGAAGAAUCUGAGGGUAUGUGGAGAUUGUCAUUUGGCGAUCAAGCUAGUGUCAAAGGUCUACAAUAGAGAGAUUGUGAUGAGGGAUCGGAGCCGGUUUCACCAUUUCAGGGACGGAAGCUGUUCAUGCAAGGACUACUGGUGAAUUUUAUUCAUCGGGCUCCUGCAAGCACACAACUUCCACCACCUUGACUCAUCUCAUUAGUCGAGCUUGCUUAUGACAGUGCUUAAGCUGAGUGUUUUUCCCGUCUUAGCUCGGUUUCUUUGGGACCGGUUAUAAGAAUCCUAGACAUCAAUGAGAGAAGUUAUCAAGCCAGCCGUGUAUGGAAGCUACAAGUGCAAAGCAUACAUGGAAGCUGCAACCAGCAUGGGCCUAAAAUCUAGGUCUCUGGGCCUUGUGAAGACGAUGUUGUGCCCCAAAAGCUCCGAGGUCUGCUCAGGAAUAUUCUCGGAAGGCUUUGAGAGAAGUUGGAAGUCAUUGCGCGAUGUGUUUCGUGAAGGCAAUUUCUGCACGGAUCGGCUUGCUAGGGUGAACCCACUUUUUCUCUUUAGGUAUUCAUGUUUUAAAAUGAUACUCGUAACCUUUUCAUGUAACAGAGACACAUGCACGGAAAGAUAUAACCAUGUAAGAGCAUUUUGCUGAAUAACCGUGCAAGAGAAUUAAAUGGGCAAAAGAGAGCGGAAUAACGUGUCGGAGUUUUAUUGUUA